AUGUCUUACAAUCACAAUGGAGGAGGUGACUUCUCUUGGUACAUCAACCAGCAAGUCUCCCUUCCUAUCGCAAUUUCGACUAGCAAUGAUGUAGCUGAAGGAGUAAAAGCCACUGCAAGCACUGACACGUCCUCCACGAAUCCGACCCCCACUGAGUUUCAAGCAGAGUGGCCCUAUGAGAACAGCCAGCAUGUAGAAGGUUCAUCUCAAGGCUGGUACUCGACUUCGGAUUUACGCCAGAAUACCGCGAUCCUACCUCAAAUGCCACGAUCGCCUUGUCAAUAUAGCUCAAAUGUAGACAACUUUGAUACACAGGUCAAUGGAGGACUUCCAAGCAUGACAGGUCUUGAGAUCUAUUCUACUCCUGACGAGAUUCGAUACAAUCCGAGCCUCCAGAACGAUUUCGGAAGUGGUAAUUCUUCUGUCUCGCAACAAGAUACGCCAUUAGGCGAAUUCUCAGACGAAUAUAACAUGGAAUCCACCACUAUUGGCUUCAGAACACCAGUCCCAUCAAAAUAUCAGACAAAUACCAAUUCAUCUGUUGGCAGUGAUACUCCUGCAGGUUUACAAUCUUCAAUUCAGGUUGACAAUCCUCCAUUUGGUAUUUCCACUCAGUUUGCUAGCAGCACCCAAAAUGGUGAAGCUCCACAACAAGAGUCAACGUCUCAAGGUGAACAAUAUCAAGCUGUAUUUUUCAAUGAAACAAUGGCAGCUCAACUUAACCGUCCACUAAGCGCGCCACCUGCAGGCCACUGGGUAUUGGAACAGGGAUUGGAACAGGGAUUGGAACAGGGAUUGGAACAGGGAUUGGAACAGGGAUUGGAACAGGGAUUGGAAGAGGGACUUUCAUACACUCCCACUGGUCUCGACAUACCGUUACCUUUGAACCAUUUGCCUAGAGCGUCGCCGAAAAUCGUUCCUCUGGCAUAUUAUGGUCACUGGGAAUACGAUGGCUCAUCAACAGGCCCGGCGAUUGACAGCGAUGUCCCGAUCUUACAACCAUCCAAUGACAUCCGAAACGAUCCUUCCGGUACAUUGGGUCAAGAUGCUGGAGCUAUCCAAGGAACGCAACCCCAACAGCAACCGUGGCAGAAUAAUGACUUAGGUCAAGAUGCUUCUGUAAAUAUACCAGCGUCAUUUCAACAAAGUAAUGUAUCGAGCACGCGUUCACCGAUACAAUCAGAUAGACGUAGACACAGCGAUCCAGCAUCUGUCCCAGCUCGUGGAGCCAGAGAUUCACAACAAGGAGUACGGGUUCCAAGCCAACUUUCGGAGCAAGCUGCACAGUAUCAAGCUCCUUCUAUCAAUACACCACGAGCACUUCAACAGAGCGGUGCAAUCGAGGACGCACUAGGAGCUGUAGGUAGCCGCAGGCUCAGCGACACUUCUCCCGUUCCAGCCCAAGAGCUCCAUGAUACCAAUCCAUCGCCUACUGGUUUCCGUACCGAGCCUUGGCGAAUGAACAAGGAACAAGCUGCGAGUCAGUCUGGUUGUGUUGCACAGCAGCCAAGUGAGCGCCCUUUAGCUGUCCAUGAAUUUAACAGCAGUUAUCCCGUUGGGCCUCACAUGACGUUCGUAUAUCCCGAGAGUUCAAACCAAAAUACCUUUCAGCAGCCAGCCAAGCAACGUGAAUCGGCAUCCUUUACGAGCGGUAGUGCCAGAUUGAGAGAAAUUGCGAGACCUCCAAUGCAACUUCUUGCAUCUGCUCCGCCAGCUGUGACACCACAACAGCAGCCCACACAGAGAGAUAGACAGCCAAGACAGUCCGAUAGACAAUCUGCGCAAUUGGGUACUCCUUCUACACAGCAGAGCCAACGUGUACCUCGGCGGAGAUCAAAUCGAUUCCAUAUUGGUCCACAGGCAGACUCCCCACAGGCUCAGGGGACCGGUUCACAGCCAAGAAUCCCACAAAACCGGUUUGAUCGUAAGCUUCCAAGUCGAUUGAACCCCAAAGCUGCUGCUUUUGCCAACGUCGAACCAGCAGAAGACUUCAUGAAGACGCUCUCCAAGAUGCAUUUUCUAGAUAAAGUGGCAUGCAUUGAUCGAUUGAUGCGUGAAGACCUCUUCAAAAGUUACAUGAAUCCACAUCUCUUCCGAGAGUACAGCACAGGUCAUGAGGACGGUUUGAAGUUUGACCUGGAAAGGCGUAUCAAGGGUGCAUACCAUGGUAUGAUCGAAAAUACAGGGAUAAAACAUGAACGUCAAAAUCUCAAAUGGAAGACCACGUUUGAUGACAAGCAGAUCGAGAACGAGCGUCGCAGGAGGGAACUUGCUGCUCGUACAGCUGCCGGUGGUAUGGCGACUGAUAUUUCUGAUGAUAUUGGAAUGACACCCGCCGGCAGCAAGCGCAGGCAUCAAACACUAGCAUCGGCUCCGGAUUCUCACUAUGAGAUUGACGACGACGAUGUGAUUGAGUCCGACGAUGGCUCCGAUAACUAUUCAAUGGUCCAUCCUCGCAACUCGCCAAAGAAGCCUCGAAUUUCCGAGCCAACAUCUUCAGGACCAAAGCCUUCAGAUAUCACGGAUAAGUUCUGUUCGCAUGCUGUCGAGAAUAUUCCUUUCCUUCCUGAUCCCAUCCACAGUCAAUUGCGCGUUCUCAGCACUGAGCAACUCAUCAUCCCAGCCCAAGAGUAUAUCGCUCAGAAUGGUGAGAUCGCCGACACGAAUGUUGAGCACUGGCGUGCUUGUGCAGGACAGGCUGCUGGCACCGAAAUGGAGCAAGAAAUGGCCUGCACACAUUGCGUUGACCACAUGCAAGGUGGUUCUGUACCCUUUGCAAGCUGUGUAGUCAUUGGCGCAAGCAUUCCGGCUGGAAAGCAUUUCAAAGGUGCUUGCAUGAAUUGUGUCUAUCUUGGUAAGGAUCAAGAUUGCAGUCUUCGAGAGGUCGAGAGUGAGGAAAAUGAAGCUCAAUAA